AGACGCUCCAACAUCAAAUAUUAGCAAGACGAAGAACUUUUUAGGUUUUAACCACUGAACUACACCUAUGUUCCCUCUCACAGGAAGACAGCUUUAUCAAAAACUUCAUCAAAGGAAAACAUUUGGCCUUUUGACCGAAUCGAUUCGUUUGACUCAGAUUAGUUGUUGUCUUCCUCAUCGCCAAAUACCGCGUGUGUUUCGUCAAAUCAAGAUGUGUGAUCAAAUCCGCUUUAGUUAGGUGGCUACGGUUAUGGUGGUCUCCGGUUGCUUUCUGUCGGAUUCCUGAUUUCACGGCCACCUCAACAAUGUCAGCGGAGUUCAAGCGGUUUUAACGAGCCACGUUGUACCGUAUAGUGGCACGUGUUCGGUCAAUACUAUCAGGGCGCGCACGGGCACGCGCCGGUUGCUCAGGCAAAACCAGGCACGAGACAAUCGGUCAGGGUUAACGGAGGACCGGGGCAGGGGCUGCGGCAUGGAGUUUGAGGAGUCCGGAAUCGGGGAGGAGUGCGGGGUUUUCGGGUGUGUGGCCGCCGGAGAGUGGCCCACACAGCUGGAAGUGGCCCAGGUCUUAACUCUGGGACUGGUCGCGUUACAGCACAGGGGUCAGGAAAGUGCCGGGAUUGUUACAAGUAACGGAGCCAGUCCACCUACAUACACAGCCCACAAGGGAAUGGGAUUAGUGAACACUGCUUUCCCGCCCGAAGCUCUUCUGAAACUGCGCUAUGGUAACCUUGGCAUUUGUCACACGCGCUAUUCAACUACUGGGAUCUCAGAGCUGCAGAACUGCCAGCCCUUUGUGGUGGAUACACUGCAUGGCAAGAUUGCUGUAGCACACAAUGGAGAGCUAGUUAAUGCUCAUGCCUUACGGAAAAAGGUAAUGCGCCAUGGUGUAGGCCUCUCCACCAGCUCAGACAGCGAGCUCAUCACCCAGCUGCUGGCGUUUACUCCGCCUAUGGAGGAGCUGGACGCACCAGACUGGGUUGCCAGAAUUAAGAACCUCAUGACUGAGACCCCAACAUCGUACUCACUGUUGGUGAUGUUCAAAGAUGUUAUCUAUGCGGUGCGUGACCCUUAUGGAAAUCGACCCCUCUGCAUUGGACGGCUCGUUCCCAUCUCUAAACUGCACAGUCCAGGUGCUGGAGAGGAGGACACUGAGGGGUGGGUUGUGUCAUCCGAGUCCUGCAGUUUUCAGUCCAUCGGUGCCAAGUAUUACAGAGAGGUCUUACCAGGAGAAAUAGUCCAGAUAUCCAGACAUGGAGUCAAGUCUCUGAGUGUUGUGCCUCGCCCUGAAGGAGACCUCCCUGCCUUUUGCAUAUUUGAAUAUGUUUAUUUUGCCAGACCAGACUCUAUUUUUGAAGGACAGAUGGUCUAUACUGUCAGACAGCGCUGUGGUCGGCAGUUAGCCAUUGAGGCUCCAACAGAUGCAGACGUAGUCAGCACUGUGCCAGAGUCUGCAACCCCUGCUGCACUGGGCUACGCUCAGCAGUCUGGGCUGCCAUACAUCGAGGUUUUGUGUAAGAAUCGCUACGUUGGGAGAACCUUUAUUCAACCAAAUACCCGUUUGAGGCAGCUUGGAGUUGCCAAGAAGUUUGGGGCAUUGACGGACAAUUUUGCUGGAAAACGAGUGGUACUAAUUGAUGACUCCAUUGUCAGAGGCAACACCAUCUCCCCCAUUAUAAAACUGCUUAAGGAAGCUGGUGCAACAGAGGUCCAUAUCCGAGUGGCUUCUCCACCAGUCAGGUUCCCUUGCUACAUGGGCAUCAAUAUUCCAACCAAGGAGGAGCUCAUCGCCAACAAGCCAGAGUUUCAGGACAUUGCUGGAUACAUUGGUGCGGACAGUGUUCAGUAUCUGUCUGUGGAGGGCCUGGUAUCAGCUGUCCAGGAGGGAAUCGCCUCCCUCCAGGAGAAGGACAAAAUGAUCAGCUCCAGUAACAAGUCCAGCAACAGAGUGGGCCACUGUACUGCCUGCCUGACUGGGAAAUAUCCAGUGGAGCUGGAGUGGUAACUGCUGUACCAACACCAUGACCAGCCAUGAUUACAGCAGCCCUGUGGAUUCACUUCAAGCUCCCACGUUAAUGAAAUGUUCUCUAUAGACUGGAUAAGAAAUGCUCUGACAUUUCAGUUUGCUGCAAUUACACACCUAUUGGCAUUUUCUGCAAAGGGUCGUUCUCCUGCUCAGAUCCUUAAAUGGCAGUUGAAAAUGUUGUUAGAUGACCUCUAGUGGUUGUAGUUUUACCUUGCUGCAGUGAUAUAGAGGUCUACUGUUACUGCAUCUUGAUGUCACUAAAAGGUGCAAUUACAAGUCACAACUGACCACGCAACACUGAUGCUCUGUUUUUUUUUUCUUUUUUAAGUUUACCACAUAACUGUAUUUUCAGAAGUCUUCAAACUAGUUUUGCACGUUUUCACAUUCCAAGCCUUAACAAACAUGAGCACUGGAUAGAAUUAGCCAUGUCAGAUAAGCGCACAAGGCUAGUGACCAAAAAGUUCUUUAUUUCUCUAAUCAAGUUUACUUUCUUACCUUUAUCUAAACUUAGCCACUAUGCUCUUUUGUUUUGGGUCUGACUAGAGGAAAUUUUGUUUUCUCAACUUUAUACAUUACAUGAAUAAUGGAAAAGUCAAAUAAUAAACAGAAUAAUUGCAGUGAGAA